GGCACAAAGUAGUAGCUAUACGAGUACUAAGUAAUCAAAAACGGAAACAAGAGCAAAACUGUCGCACGAAUUUACUGCAACGCAGAUUUACAAGUCAACGGCUAUGGUCGGUUAGGCAUUUUUUGCAAAAAAAAAACUCAUUUAACCAGCUCAACAGGAUGAGCAACAACAAGAUGUCGAGCAUGGAGAAGUUGUGCGGUUUGGCUUUCAUUUUGGUCGCGUUGGCUUUCGACUGGAGCGCGUGCAGCCACUUGCCAACUCAUCGCAUCGAUUAUCCCGAGGAUGCGUUGACGCUGAACGAACGGUUCUUCAACGACGUGCGGGCGCUGAUAAAGCGGCGCAUCAAGGAGAAUGCCGCGUUGCAAGAGCUGCAUAUGGACAAUGAAAAUGGCGUUGGAAUUGGCGGCGAGGGCGGCAUCGGCGUCGGCGGAGGUGGCAGCGGCAGUAACAGUAAUGAGUUCGCAAUUAAUUAUGAACGCAGCAGUGCUGACGGGGGCGGAGAGGGCAGUGUGAGUAGGAAUGUUGUAACGCCACCACCGUUGGUGCCAACACCCGUGCUGGUGGAGAACUGGCCCACCGAGAGCCACUCCUUCGGACAGGUCACAGCCGUGUCCAUAGAUCCGCAAGGCAAUCCGGUCAUCUUCCAUCGCGCCGACAGAUAUUGGGAUGCUAACACUUUUAAUGACAGCAAUAUAUUCUAUUUGAUCGAAUAUGGUCCGAUUAAGGAGAAGACCAUUUAUGUGCUGGAUCCCAAAACCGGUGCCAUAAAGUCCGGCUGGGGUGAAGACAUGUUCUACAUGCCACAUGGUUUGACUAUAGAUGUGCAUGGGAACUACUGGAUAACAGACGUGGCAAUGCAUCAGGCAUUUAAGUUCAAGCCAUUUGACAACCAACCGCUGCUAACCAUAGGAAAACGCUUCAAGCCCGGCUCCUCCCUCAAUCAUCUCUGCAAGCCCACUUCCAUUGCAGUGGCAACAACAGGCGAGUUCUUUAUCGCCGACGGCUAUUGCAAUAGUCGCAUAUUGAAAUUCAACGCUGCUGGACACAUUCUACGCACCAUACCACAACCACCGGAAUUCCUCUCGCUACAAGUGCCGCAUGGCAUCACUCUGCUGGAGCACCUUGAUCUCUUGUGCAUUGCCGAUCGCGAAAAUAUGCGCGUCGUUUGUCCAAAAGCCGGCUUGAAAUCGUCUCAGGGUGAAGGUCAGCCCGCUGCCACCAUACAGGAGCCCGAUUUGGGACGCGUUUUCGGCGUAGCCGCUUACGGUGACAUUGUUUACGCUGUAAACGGGCCGACAUCGAUGUUGCCGGUGCGCGGUUUCACCAUCGAUCCACGCUCCGAGACGAUUAUCGGUCACUGGGGUGAAUUCAAGAAUCCGCACUCAAUUGCGGUGUGUGUCAACGGCUCGGCGCUGUAUGUGACCGAGAUCGGUACAAAUCAUCAGACCAACAAAGUAUGGAAAUAUGUUUUGGUUUAAGUGGUGUCAGUAGUGAAGAUGCUGCAAGGUCGUGUGAGGGUGUGUGAACGUUUGAAGAGAGAACGAGCAAAGCAAAAUAGGUGUUUUUUAAAUCAUCCACAGCAACAAUAAUCCAGUGUACACGCAAAAUUAUAUAAACAAAAACAAAAUAUCAAACUUGCAAUGAAUUUAAUCGAAAUUAAAUGUAGUAACUAAAUAACGGUCAUAACGUUUGAUUCGCACCAGCAAAUGUAACCUAAAGUAAAACAUUUUUACCUCGUAAAUAACACACACACAAACAAAUUAUGCAAAUUAUAUUGCUGCAACAUAAAGCAAAAACAACAAAGGAACAACUCAAGUCAUAUCUCGUAGAGGAAACAGCAAAUAUAACAACAACAACACAUUAUUUGAUAGCAAUUUGGCAAAAACUUCCAUUAAAUAUAUUUGCAAGUAACCGCAAGUAGCUGUACUUAUUACAUACUUAUGUGUGUGUGCGUAUAUGUAAACCAUAACCGAAAAGAGUUUCACUAUAACCUAAAAACACUAGUAACAAUUUCUUGAAUGCAUAAAAUAAAUACAAUAAACUAAAUAUUAAAGUUAUAUAGGAAAGCACAAUACCGUUAGUUGGAAAUACAACACUUAAAUCUAACAAAUGCGAAAUUUAUGAAAUAUAAAUAGCACGUAGGAAUAAUGCAAACACACAAGUAAAUAUGGCAUUGGCGAACAAACUAAUUUUAGUUACUAAAAUUAAAGCAAAAUAUUGGUCGUCCGCACCCUAGUACUAUAAUCAACAAUAUAUCCUCUAGCAUAAUUGGCAUGUGGUCUCUGCUCCGUCGUGGCAAGCCAAUUGCACUAACAUUCCUAGACACAAGGUUCUUCCCACUUCGUCUGCGCUUCGGUGGCUUUGGAUUUUUUUAUUUAUUAUUUUUAAUUUAUACAUAAGUAAAUGCUUAUGCAAAAAAAAAUAUUGUAAAUUUAUUUGUGAAUCCCGUAAACCCUGUACCUAAAGUUAAAGUAACCUAUAAACAACUUAUAUCAACAAAAACUAUUAAAUAAAUAAAAUUGUCGUCUACCCCAUAGA